GGGGCGUCUCCGCCGAGACUCUCUCUGUGGCCCCUGAGGGGCGAGGGCGAAGGCGAGGCUGAGUGGGACCGAAAUCAUGAACCGGAGUUUUCACAAGUCUCAGACCCUACGCUUCUACGACUGCAGCGCAGUGGAAGUCAAGAGCAAGUUUGGGGCCGAAUUCCGAAGGUUCUCCUUGGACCGCCACAAGCCGGGGAAGUUUGAAGAUUUCUACCAGCUGGUCGUGCACACCCACCACAUCCCUCACACGGACGUGACCAUCGGCUAUGCUGACGUGCACGGGGACCUGCUGCCCAUCAACAAUGACGACAACUUCUGCAAGGCGGUCUCAAGUGCGAACCCCUUGCUUAGGGUCUUCAUCCAGAAGCGAGAAGAGGCAGACCACUACAGCUUCGGAACAGGUACUCUAUCGAGGAAGAAAAAGGUGCUGGUGACGCUGAGGGAUGAGGGCCUGCGCCGGCGGACACACCUCAACAUCAGCAUGCCGCAUGACUUCCGCCCAGUGUCCUCCAUCAUUGAUGUGGACAUCCUCCCUGAGACGCACCGCCGAGUGAGGCUCUACAGACAUGGCUGCGAAAAGCCGCUGGGCUUCUACAUUCGAGAUGGCACCAGCGUGCGUGUGACCCCCCACGGGCUAGAGAAAGUCCCCGGUAUCUUCAUUUCCCGGAUGGUGCCUGGGGGCCUUGCAGAGAGCACUGGGCUACUGGCUGUGAAUGACGAAGUCUUGGAGGUGAAUGGGAUUGAGGUAGCUGGAAAGACAUUGGAUCAAGUCACAGACAUGAUGAUUGCCAACAGCCACAACCUCAUUGUCACUGUCAAGCCUGCCAACCAAAGGAACAACGUGGUCCGCAGCAGCCGCACAUCCGGUAGCUCUGCCCAGUCCACGGACAGCACCACCAGUCACCACAGCCUGCCGGCCACCCAUGUCGUGCAGAAUUUCCACCCUGAGGAAAUGGAGAGCGACGAGGAAGCUGACAUCGUCAUUGAGGGGGCUCUGGAACCUCAGCACAUUCCCAAGACACAGGCCGUCCCUCCGGGCAGCCUCUCGAGGGCCAAUGGUACCAGCCUUGCCCACAGGCUGCACAGGGACAUGGUCCUGCAUAGCUCUGGGCGGGAGAGCAACGGCAGUAUCCACAGAUUUCUCAGCUCCCUGAAACCAGACCCGCGACACAGCCUGGUCCUCCCUCAAGGAGGUGUGGAGGAGCACGGGCCAGCCAUCACUCUCUAGGACUUGAGCCACUUGGCCAGGCUGUGUGGCAGCGGGACCCACGGGUGGCAAGUGCCGAGUAGCAUGUAGUACUCUUAGAUGAAUAGUGACUCCAAAGGGAAAUACUUUACAUUUUUAUGUCAAUUUUAAAAUAAGAAAAAUAA